AUGGCGAGCUUAGCUUUCACUACAAGUCGUCGCCCAACCAAUAUGGAUCAGGGAGCCACCUUGCGACAUUUUGCCAAGACGAUGGUGAGUCUUGGCAGUGGUUUACUCUUAGCUAGGCUUCCGAUUCCGAGAAGUCGGAAUGGCGGAUGUGUCGAACUCCUUCUCUGUUUGGGAGACCCUGCCGGAGAACGAACCUCCGCUGUACAUCGCAGUUCGACAUCCAGAGUCACCUCCACGCAUUAUGAGACGGUGAACCGUUGUGGAGGAGCUGCGAGUCUACCUAUCCACAAGUCUCCCUAUCAUGAUUUACGGAGAUUUGGGCAGCGUUGA